AUGGCGGCGGCGGGCUCCGCGCCGGCCGCGGCGCUGCUGGCCGUGGUGGGCGGCGAGUGCGGCGAGUGCGGCUGCCCCGAGCUGCUGAGCUUCGUGCUGGCCGAGCUCGAGCGAGGCAUCCGGUCCUGGGAUCUGGACCCCGCCGUGUGCAGCCUGGAUGAGCAACUCAAGGCCUUCGUGGCCCGGCACUCGGCCACUUUCUCCAGCAUCGUGAGAGGCCAGCGCAGCCUGCACCACCGCGGAGACGCCCUGGAGACGCUGGUUCUCCUGAACCCCUCAGACAAAUCCCUGUGUGAAGAGCUCCGGAACCUACUGUUGGACCCCACCCCUCACAAACUGCUGGUGCUGGCCGGACCCUGCCUGGAGCAGACGGGGGAGCUGCUGCUGCAAUCUGGGGGCUUCUCCGCACGUCACUUCCUGCAGGUCCUAGGGGACCGAGAGAUCGUGGAGCAGCUGGCAGAGCCCCCGCGGCUAACCGUCACGUGUCCCCAGCUCGGAGACUGGGCCCUGCUAGCCACCGAGGCCCCGGGGCUGCGCCUGAACCCGCCGCAGCAACCGGACCCGGGCGAGGGGCUGCGGGCCUUCCUGGCCUCGCUGGCCGAGACGCUGGCUCCCCUGCCGCCCUUUGAGCUGCUGGAGCCACCGGCGUCCGUGGGCUUCCUGCGCCUGGCGCGGCCCUGCUGCUACGUGUUCCCGGGCGGCCUGGGCGACGCGGCCUUCUUCGCCGUCAAGGGCUUCACGGUGCUGGUCAACGGCGGCUCCAACCCCAAAUCGAGCUUCUGGAAGCUGGUGCGCCACCUGGACCGCGUGGACGCCGUGCUGGUGACACACGCGGGCGCCGACAGCCUGCCGGGCCUCAACAGCCUGCUGCGCCGCAAGGUGGCCGAGCGCGACCAGGAGGCCGUGGAGGCAGCGCGGGGCGCUGGGGGCUCCCCGGACGCGCGGACGCGCUGCCUCGUGUCCCCGGAGCUGGGCGUCGUCUUCCUGAACGCACGCGCCCCGGCCACAUCGCGCCUGCUGCGGGGCCCCGACGACGCGGGCCUGGCGCUCAGCCUCCUGGACCGCCUGGGGCUGGCGCCGCUGCCGCUCCGGGGUGCCCCCGAGCCCACGGUGCUGUUCAAGAAGCUGGGCGUGGGCCGCCUCGACAUGUACGUCCUGCACCCGCCGCCACCCCCGGCACGCUCGUCUGGGAACCCCGCCGGACACGCAGCUGCCUCCGUCGCCAAUGCUGCUGCGUGUGCGCUGCUCGUGUGGCACCCCGCGGGCCCCUCUGAGAAGGUGGUGCGGGUGUUGUUUCCCGGCUGCACACCGCCCGCCCGUCUCCUGGACGGCCUCCAGGCCCUGCAGCACCUCGGCUUCCUCCGCGAGCCCGUGGUCACCCCCCAGGACCUAGCGGCGCCCCAGCCCCAGCGCACCGAGAGCCGCGAGAGCCUCAGCUCCAGGGAAGGCGCGCCCCGCAAGGAGCCCCGCGCCCCGGCCGCUGCCAAUGCAACCGCCGCCACAGCCAGGCUCGCCCAGGAGCGCCCCGGGACCGCCCGUAAGGAAGCCGCCCGCAAGGAACCUCUCCCGCGCCGCGCCGUCCCCGAGAAGAAGGAACCCCGGGCACCCCCAGAGCCGAAAAAGGACCCCAAGUCCGGUGCGCCACGGAGCCAGGCCCGGGAACCGCGUCGGGCAGCUGCCACCGGCCCCAGCGCCAAGAAAGCCGGACAGCCCGCUGCUCCCCCCGUUGUGCAGAACCAGAACGAAACCCGCAGCGCCCUGAACGUGCCAGGCGUCCUGGGUGGCACCCAGGACCCCCCACCGGUGCCCGGACCCGAUGCCCUGGAGCCCACCCUGGCGCUGCCGCUCCAGCCCUGCGCGCCCCAGCCCCGCAGCCCAUCGCCCGCCGGCGCCCCGCAGGGCCUGGUCGAGAGCAGCGGGCGCCUGUCGCUGAGCCCCACGGUGACCACGCCGUCGCUGCCGGCCGAGGUGAGCUCCCCGCACUCCACCGAGGUGGACGAGUCCCUGUCCAUGUCCUUCGAGCAGGCGCUGCCCGCUCCCUCCGGCGACGCGGGGCUCAGCCUCGUGCUACGUGGGCCUGGCGCGCGGCGCUCCGCGUCCCCCCACGACGUGGACCUCUGCCUAGUGUCCCCCUGCGAGUUCCAGCACCGCCGCGUCCCGGGCCCCGCGCCCGCCUCCCCCGGCAGCUCCACGGGCAGCAGUGCCCACUCCCAGGAUCGUGCGGGGGACCCCGGUCCCGCCGAAACGGCCCCCUGCUCCGUCAGUGAGUCUCUGCCCACCUUGUCCGACUCGGACCCGCCGCACACGCCCGGCCCCGCCGACUCGGACGACGACGACGACACCGAGGGGCUCCCCGCCCUGCCCUGCCGCGACCCGCUGCAGUGCCCUCCGCUGCUGCCCACCCCGCCCGGGAUCUGCAUGGUGGACCCCGAAAUCCUCGCCCCGGCCGCCGCCAGCCUGCCCGAGGGCCGCGGAAGCAAGGGCGUCCCCACGCGUCCCCACUCUGGCCCGGCCACCGCCAAGUGUGCGCCGGGGUCCACAGCCAAAGGCAAGGUGCCUGCUGGGAUUGAGCGGGGCAGCCGACCCCGGAGCGCCCAGACCAGGCCCAGCGUCCGGCCCGGACCCACGCCCCUCACCAGAAAGGCUUCCGCCCCCAAGGUGACAUCCCGAGGCCCCAGUGGACCCAGCAGCAGCCGUGCCACAGGCUCUGGCCCCUCGCGCUGCCCCAUCUACCUGGACCUGGCCUACCUGCCGAGCGGGGGCAGCGCCCACCUGCUGGACGAGGAGUUCUUCCGGCGCGUGCGCGCGCUCUGCUACGUCAUCAGUGGGCGCGACCAGCGGCGCGAGGAAGGGCUGCGGGCCAUGCUGGACGCGCUGCUGGCCGCCAAGCCACGCUGGGAGCGGGACCUGCAGGUGACCCUGAUCCCCACCUUUGACUCCGUGGCCAUGCACGAGUGGUAUGAGGAGACGCACACGCAGCACCCCGCGCUGGGCAUCACGGUCCUGGGCAGCAAUAGCACCGUGUCCAUGCAGGACGAGGCCUUCCCUGCCUGCAAGGUGGAGUUCUAGCCUGGCUGCAGUCUCGGAGAGGGAGCACUGAGUGAAGAGCAGUGGCGAGGGACCCGGCCCCUGCCCGGCAAGCAGAGACGCCGUCAGGGCUGAGGAGGGCUGUGUCCCGCUCCCCAGCACUGGACCCGGCCCAGGGCUCCCCCGGGUGAUCCCUGAACAC